AUGAUUAGAGCUCACAAGGAGGUUGAAACCCUCAAAAACAACUUCCGCAAAAAGGUUUACGUAAUAGAGAAGGCGACGAAGGGUCAGACUGCUGCACAGAAGAAGACUCAAGGAAGCGACACGGCCAUCGGCCACAAGCGUGCAUUGCGCGAGACAGGCUCUCGGCUCAAAUCCGCUGAGGAGAAGUUUGAGGAGCAAGUCACCGUCCAAGCCAAGCGCCAGUGUCUCUCCUUCUGCGAGAAGGUCAUGGAGCUCCCCCGUGAGCUGCGAAACAUGGUCUACAACGACCUCAUCACGGAGAAAAACGCGACCUUCUUCCACGGUCCGGACAAGAAAGUCAAGCUCGUCAACGGCACCUCGCCUCACACGCACUGCUUCGACGCGGACUUCACCGGAUCGAUCAUGCACGGCGAUAUUGUACAAGAGUUGAAUAGUAGGGGUGUGCGCUUCGACUUCCGUCACCGCCAUGGUCUGCUCGCCCAGGCGGUUGAGGAGUACGCAUCGCUCCAUGGCCUCGAUCUCACGGCGACCAUGAAAGGCGUUGGCGUCACGCUGAAUCUUGGCGACGUCAAAGGCUGCGACCUCGCCAUGAAGAGCCUGGGGUCACUACUCGAACUGCCCAAGAACACCGGCAUCACUGUGUUCGUCGAAGCCAGUGGCAGGACGCAGCCCCAGAUCGCGCGCUCGUUCCGACGCGUCGUCCGCAGCGUCGUCGCAUCCCUCCAUCGCCUCAAGAUCGCCGGACACGAGGUUACCGUCAUUUUGAAUCCGAGCUACGCGCGUUCGGCGGCGAAGAACGGGGACGAGAGUCGCUUCUCGAUCAUCCAUGCGCAGGACUUUCGAUAUGUGUUCCCCGUGGGCGAGAGCGAGACGAGUUCUAAGGAGAUGGAGGACGAGCUGCAGAAGGUGCUAGUCACUGAUGCUUGA